UAAUAAACAAAUACAGCUGUGCGAUGGCCGAUUUCCCCGAAAAUCUACAAGUAAUUAAAUUGGAACCACCAGGAACGCCGGAAAAGUCGAACAUCAAGGAGCGCCUAAAUCUGCACGUAAAGCGACGCUUGCAACAGGAUCUGCCCGUUUCCAGCCCAGAAACACCACCUGGGGACACAGUUGCAGCCACUUCUAGCAAACGCUGCAAAGCAACUCCAGCACAGUCCAAAGAAGGGCAAAAGCAACGCAAGCCCUAUCAAAAGCGUGUGGAAAAGAUCAAAACAGAGACGAGCAAAUGCAAAAAAGCACAAAAUGCCAGCCCUGCAGCGGAUUUGGAGUCAUUCGACGAGGCAGCAGAUCAUGAGGCAUCGCCAGAAAGAUCGGACGCCAAAAACAUGGGCCGUGAUCGCUACAAGAGUGCUGAUAUACUCAACAUAGUAUUGAGUGCAAAGAAACGGGCGCUAAUGCAAAAUGCGGAGGUGCAAUCAUUUUGGUCGAAAAUUAUGACAGCCCUGAAGAACUGAAUUUAUUUUUCAUCGAUGGGGCAACACUGGUGCGUAUAUGGCGCGCAUUGAUACGAUUUUCAUAAAAUUCAAAUAACAAAACGAGUUACUUUAAGGUUGUAGCUUA